AUGGCUGCCCUUGCCCAAGUCGCGCCAGGGUCAUGCCUUUCCGCGUCUCUCGCACCGUCGGCGGCCGGCGGAAGGAGCACCUCCCAACCAGCGUCGUUAGACUGCCGGCCAGUUUCUGCCGCCUCUCGACUCAGCAGCUGUGCAGUUCGCGCGAAGCACCGCGUACCCCUGCUGAGACACGUGGUAGCCUUCCAGGAUGACGCGUGUCGAGCGUUCUACGAGCCGGUACGCUGCAAGAAGGCGGACAAGGAGAGCAAGGGCUUUAAGGACGCGAAACGGUCGCUGAAGGCGAAAGCGGCAGCGUUGGAGUCGCAGUUCGUCGCCUUGGCCGAAGCCGUUGACUCGGACGAACGGCAGACUGGCGUUGCGACGGCGGCCUCGGUUGACGCGGACUUCGUGGCGACGGUGCUUCGCGAGCUGAAGGAGAUCAAAGCAGAGCUCAAGUCGCUGAAGCAGAUGCAGAAGAAGAUGAUGGAAUCCUCCUCCUCCUCCUCUUCCUCUUCGUCCUCAUCGUCUAGCAGUGACGGCGGCAUGGGGGGAAUGAAGGCCAGGCGCAUGGAGCGCCGCAAGGCACGGCAGCAGGGCGCCAUGGGGAUGACGGGGACAGUGGGAGGAACCGUGGGGACCUCCGUUGUCACCGGCGCUGCUGCUGCCGGUGCGGCUGUCAUCACUGCUCCUGUUGCCGCCGGCACCGCUGGUUUGUCAACCGUACAGUCGGUGAUAGCCGCGUCGUCUGUCCCCGCCGCUCCAGCCAAUCCAGUGGCCUCGGUUCUCGCCGCGCAUGCACAUGUAGCCUCGGAAUCCCCUAGGGUGUGGGAGAUUGAAGACGUGGUUACCGCAAUCGCAGGAGGCGCCUCUUUCACCAGCUCCGCGCUGCCCUCCGCCCUCCAAACGCCCGUCCAGCUCCCCCCUGUGCAAGCCCCGUCUCCCGCUUCCCCACUCCCCGCUCCCGUCUCCCCCCUUUCCGCCGCGGCUAUCGCGACUGUCUUCCCUGACACCGCGGCCUCGCCGCUGCAAGGGAGCGUGGCGGUGGGUGUGACUGUAGCGGGGGACGUGGAGGUGUGCAUUGGUGGGAAGUGCAAGAAGAACGGGGCGGGUGACAUCUUGUCGGCGUUCCAGGCGCAGGCAGCGGGAACGGGUGUGCACGUGGAGGCAUGCAAGUGCAUGGGCAAGUGUAAGGCGGCGCCGAACGUGAGAGUGUGGCGGGAUGACGCGGACGAGCCUCGGAUGGAGAGUUAUCUGGCAGUUGAGGAUGUGGGCGUGCUGAUGCAGAGGCACUUUGGCCUGCAGCCUGCUCCCGUGCCUGCUGCUGGAGCUGGAAUCAUGUGA